ACAAACAAAUCGUUGCUAAAAUGGUGGUGUUCAAUAUGGUCACCCUUAGCGUCUACACGGCAGUCUUUGUCUGUGUCUUCGCCCCAGCUUUGGAUGCAGCUUCGGUGCAGUCAAAGGGGCACAGCAACCUUCAGGGUGAAGGUGGUCCGGCGCACGGAUCUGGCCGGGUGGCGAUGGAUAACAUCAUUGAGGCAAACAAAGGUCUCCAUCUGUUUGAGACAGACAUUCAGUACUACGGACCGGCGAACUCUCGUAAUGCCAUCAUAGAAUCAGCCCUGUUGUGGGACUAUAAGGAGAUCCCAUUCGUCAUCAGGCAGGGUGAUUACUCUGCAACAGAGGUAUCGCGUAUUCAAAGCGCCAUGGAAGAGUUCCAUCAACAUACGUGCGUACGAUUUGUACAGAGAACUGGCCAGCAGGACUACUUAUAUAUCCAACGACUAGAUGGAUGCUCGGCAUGGAUUGGUGAGAAGCAUGAAGGUGCUCAGGACGUAAUUCUGGGUGACGGCUGUGUGGAGAAGGGAACCAUCGUACACGAGCUGAUGCACGCGCUGGGCUUCUGGCACGAACAUCAGCGGCCGGACAGGGACGGCUGGGUCAAUAUUCUGUGGAACAACAUCAAAGACGACAGGAGAGACGACUUUGAGAAGCACGCGGAGAGCGGUAUCAGUACACUCGGGCUGCCGUACGACUACGGUUCCAUCAUGCACUACGGCAGCAGGGCACACAGCGUGAACGGGCAGCCCACCAUCGAGGCGCUUUUCCCAACCAACGGGCUGAUGGGACAGAACGACGGCCUCAGUACCGGGGACAUCCAGAAGAUCAACACGCUCUACAGCUGCGGCACCCAGAAGUGGAGGACCGAUGGCCGCUGUGGCUCUCGCUUCCCAGCUCCGGGGGCGACACCUGGCGAGUGCAACCCGCACGGCCAGUUCCCGUGCUGCUCUGCAAAUGGAUAUUGUGGAUCUGGGACAGACUUUUGCGACUGUCCGGGGUGUGUUGACUACACCAGCAAACUUGGGUGCCCUACGGUUGUCCUGUACGGUUCCCACACUGUGCAGCACUCUAAGAUGACGUCCUACACCAUGACGGGAGACACUCACGAGGGCCGGCCCGUGUACUUCAGCAGCGCCACCUGCGACUACCUGUAUUACUACAAGGGGGACAGGAACCUUGAGUGGUGGGUGGGGCCGCAGGUUGGGAAUAACUUCGGGAGCGUGCACGUCAGGGACUCCCACUUGUUCGCUGACGAGAUCAUCGGGACGUUCCUGCUGUGGGACGACCAGUGGAUAGAGAACCCGGACGUAAAGAUCGCCUGCUCUGAUGACGCUCCAGCUGGCGUUGUAGUUCCACAAUCGGCAGGGGGCGCUACAGACUGUACGAGGGUCAGUCUGCGCGGUGAUACUAACUACCAAACUUCCCGCAUGACAACCUACACCAGAACGAGCCAGACCAGCGGCGGCAGGCCUGUCUACAAUAGCGACACGGACAGCAGGGACUUUCUCUUCUUCUUCGAAGACUACAAGCAGUGGUGGGUAGGUCGCUCGAUCGGACAAAACUUCGGCUUCGCUUACGUCAACGACUGCGCCAUCACGCCUGACCAGAUCAGGUCCCAGUGGCAGGUGUGGGACGGCAGUCAGUGGCUAGUCGUCCCGGCCGUUCAUGCAAGCUGUGUCGACUCAGUAGUCUAG